GCAGAGAUAAAGUCGGGGAAUUGUGAUGAAAACUUCCACCAGAACUUUGUCAUCUGAAGAUAACCCCGCACUAGCUUCCCACCGUCGAUGAUGAGUGGAAAAGUGCCGAGGACGACACCGGCCACUUCGAGGCCAGACAUGUGGAUUAAGGUUGAUGGGCUCCGAUACCUUGACGAAAUUAUUAAAGGCGAAUAUCAAGUUCCCUCCGAAUACCUCCCAGCCUUUCUUCUGUCAAUCUUCGACGACAGCUUUAUUGUGGAGGGGUGCGUUCUGGUCAUGCACGUCAGUGCAAAUACUACCCGCCCCAAUCGAAGAGGGGUAAGCGUCAGCACCUUGCGGGGGCUUGCCGAUGUCGAAGGUCAUCUUCACCAGUGUUUGAUAUCAUCUGUGUCGAUUUUCAACUUUGUUAAAGUACCGAAGAAGCCCCUUGAACAUGUCACAAAUAUCAGAGUACGUUGAUCCCGAACUUUUGUUUGACUCAGCGAGGCAAUGUUGGGCAAAUUUCGAACACUUAAUUCAAAUCCUUCCGCGAGAUCACCAGCAUACCAUCACAGCACACGAUACCCAGGGCCGCUUCAGUGUCUGGAGACAGGAUCUGGAGGGGUUACAAGACGAGCUACUUUGGAACUCGACAGAUGAACGGAAACAGGAUGCUCACAAUGCCAUCUACGAUACCCUCCUAAAUCUUAACAGUGCCCUGAACGACGUUGGAUCGGUACUUUCCGAAGAGCAGCCCGGCAGUCAUGAAGAUGAUCUCAUGUCUCUGCUGGGAGAUGAAGAGCAAGCAGACCCAGAGAACGCAGAACUCGUUGCGUUUCUUUCCUCGCCAACAACUCGAGUUGAUGAACUUUUUCUCAGUAUUCGGUCUCAUAUAGACCGUUUGUUCAAGCUGGCCUCCUUGUUGCGACGCGAAAUUCGUCAUGAAAGCAGCAGUCUAGCUACAAUACCUGUUCCGACACCAGGAGAAGAUUUCAUCUAUGAUUAUCACAUGUGCCGCCUCCAAAGAAAAUAUCCGAAGCUAUCUCAACAGCCUCGGCUUUGCAAGACACUUGGACAGGCCCUUUUAUUCCGCCGCGCGUUAAUUCUUAGGAAGAGCAAAACGAAAGACCGACAUGCGCCAGAAAUCACCCCUCAACUGGAGCCGAGGAGCCUACCUACGUUGUUAUCAGGCAACGAAUCAAAGUCAAAGUCUCCAGCCCCGUCUAUGACCCCAAAGGAGAGCACGGCAAUCAACACAUCUGCAACCGAAAAGGAUACAACUCCUACGUAUGAUACGGACACUGGGACCGAACGAGUUGUCUUCGAGGAAGACAAUGGUGGGCUGGAGGUAGCAGACUUGACCACAUUUGUCAUUGAUGGGAUCCCUCUUCAGUUCGGCAGACCUUUUCAGUGUCCGUUCUGUGGUGUCAUCAAAUCAAUUGGCACACGGUCCGAAUGGAGGCAGCACGUGUCUGAGGACCUCAAACCUUACGUCUGUACAUCCCAGCAAUGCGGAUCGGGUCUGUUUGCAAGUCGACGCGAGUGGUUCAGCCACGAACUUGAGUUUCACAGAAGCACCUGGAAGUGUCAGCCCUGUCACGUAAGGUUUCUGUCUCGAUCGACUCUGAUGCAGCACCUUAACACCAAGCACCAAUCCCAAAACCUGAAAACCAGCAAUAUUUUGGCCAUGGUUCAAACAAAAAGAGACUCCUCUACUAGAUCCUGCCCACUGUGUGACGAAUGGACAACGCAAGAGACGGAGAGGGACAGCACGAGCUUUUGUCAGCAUCUGGGAAGGCAUUUGCAGCAGAUUGCACUGGAGGCGAUACCACCGCUAAAAGGGAUGGAAGCAAUACCAUUGAUAUCGCCUAGGCUCCUUGACCAGAGCGCGAUCUUGCGGUUGCAGCCAGUGCAGAAAGUGGAAGCAGAUAUGAGGCUUCUUGGAAUCGACCACCCUGACACUUUGAAGAGUAUGACCAGGUUGGUAUGGGAGUUGACUGACAGUGAAGAGUACUCGGUUGCUGAGCCGUUGGCGUUGAAAACGUUUGAAAUGAGUAAACAGGCGCUAGGGGAGGACCAUCGCGAGACACUCUACAGAAUGUAUACGCUCGCUGAGGUAUAUCGUCGUACCCAUGACAACAAACACGAAUCGGAAUCUCUGGCACUGCAAGGGCUUGAGGCGGCAAAAAGAGUGCAUGGAGAGGAUGAUCUCAGCGUGGCAGAUUUCCUAUCUGUACUAGGAGAGAUUUACUCGGACCUGGAUCGAUUAUCGCUUGCCGCUGACGCACAAAACAAAGAGCUGAGGAUAUACAUGGAGAACUUUGGAGAAGAAGAUCCCAGCACUAUGCACUGUAUGGGCAAGCUAUCAGACACAUUAUUGGACGACAAGAGGUACACAGAGGCGGAGCAUUUCGCCUUCCAAGCCUUCGAACUGCGAAAGAGGGCGUCUGGACCGGAUCACACGGAAACUCUGGUCAAUAUGUACAAUCUGGCAUUGAUUUGGCACGCCAUGGGCCGCUACGAUGAAGCAAUCCAGUUGCUGGAGGACUAUAUUCAAAUACAGCGGAACAUCCUAGGAGAAGAAUCUACUACAAACAUCGAGACGUGGCAGAUGUUGCUGGAAAGUUGGAAGGCCCGUCAAGUCUCCAGCCAGCCACAGAAUGCCAGGCGAGGUAAAUCGCGAAGUGGCGGUCAGUAAAAUGUUGGAGCUAGACAGCGUACUAUACGAUGCCCAUCAUACUCAGCUCAAGGGCUGCGGAAGCUGGGUUACCGAACUGCAAACCCAGGAUGCCACUACUAUAGCUCCAAUAAUAAUCGAGUUCAGUCAAGCUGGUGUUUCUCAGUAAAUACUACGUCUCUAUCCGGGUCUCGGAGAUUAUGUCCUCGUACAUAUUUUCAACCAUGAAGCCGCCGAGGCCGGAAAUAUUGGCCAUCAGCC